UCAGGCGUUUCCCCCCCUCGACCGUCCUCUGCGGCUGUUGUAGCAGUGGGUCAAACAACGACGCUAACACUGGAGCUGUAAAAUUACCAACGGGGGCUCCCGUUUAAAGCGCCGCAGCAAGCUGACCAGCCAGCGCAGUGUGAUCACUUGCGACUCUCUCUGAAACGACUUUCUGUUUCGGAGAAGUGCAAAUUGAUAUCCCAAAACCACUGCCGCCGCACAUCCACCAAAAAGAAAAAACCCACCCCAAAUCGAAGCAAAAUGGUGCAAAAUAAGAUCACCGAAGUCACUGGAUUCCACCGCUCUUUCAAGGGCCAAAAUCCUUUUGAAUCAGAGGACUUCACUAAAAAUGGAUCCCAUCUUAUUGAUUCAUCAUUUAAUUUUGAUUCCUCCUCAAGACAUGACAUGCCUUCCAGCCAGCCUAUUGACAUCCCCGAUGCCAAGAAGAGAAAUAAGAAGAAAAAGCGUUGCCGGGCAACUGACAGUUUCUCUGGAAGAUUCGAGGAUGUGUAUAGACUGCAAGAAGAGGUACUAGGAGAGGGCGCUUAUGCCAGAGUGCAAACAUGUAUCAAUCUCAUCACCAACAAAGAGUAUGCUGUCAAGAUCAUUGAGAAAAGACCAGGCCACAGCCGCAGCCGUGUCUUCCGUGAGGUUGAAAUGCUCUACCAGUGCCAGGGCCAUAGGAACAUCCUAGAGCUGGUGGAGUUCUUUGAGGAGGAAGACAAAUUCUACCUGGUGUUUGAAAAGCUCAGAGGAGGGUCGGUCUUGGCACACAUUCACAAGAGGCAGCACUUCAGUGAGCAGGAAGCCAGUGUUGUCGUGCAGGACAUCGCCAGCGCUCUAGAUUUCUUGCAUAACAAGGGAAUGGCACAUAGAGACCUGAAACCUGAAAACAUUCUCUGUGAGAGUGCAGACAAGAUUUCCCCGGUCAAGAUCUGUGAUUUUGACUUGGGCAGUGGGAUCAAGCUGAACAGUGACAGCUCACCCAUCUCCACCCCUGAGCUCCUCACUCCUUGUGGUUCAGCAGAGUACAUGGCACCUGAGGUGGUUGAGGCCUUCAGUGAGGAGGCUACAAUUUAUGACAAGCGCUGUGACCUGUGGAGCCUUGGAGUCAUCCUCUACAUCAUGCUGAGUGGCUACCCACCAUUUGUAGGCCGCUGUGGUGGUGACUGUGGCUGGGAAUUAGGGGAGCCCUGCCACACCUGCCAGAACACUUUAUUUGAGAGUAUCCAGGAAGGAAAAUACGAGUUUCCAGAGAAAGACUGGGCUCACAUCUCCUCAAGUGCCAAAGACCUAAUAUCCAAACUUCUGGUUCGGGAUGCCAAAAACCGCCUGAGUGCCAGCCAGGUGCUGCAGCACCCCUGGGUGCAGGGGGGUGCGUCUGACACUUUGCCAACAUCUAUCUUGCAUCAAAGAACCAGCAAUGCCAGGGAUCUGACAUUCUUUGCUGACAAAGCCAUGGCUGUGAAUCGGCAGCUGGCUGAACAGGAUGGCAUGGAAGAUCAGCAGCAGCAAGAAGCCCCGUUUGUUGUUACUGCUACUGGCUCUUCUAUGCGCCUCUCUCCUCCUUCCAACUCCAAGCUGGCCAGGCGCAGGCAGCGAAGCAGCCAGCCCAAGGGAGGGCCUGUCUCUGCUGCAGAGCUCCGUCAGCUCUUGGCCCCUCUGGUUAUUGUGGGAGACUGUGCCUGAAGUUGGUCAGCCCUGACCUCCAACCUUCCGUUAAGAUUCAAGUCCAGAUCUAAGACUCCCCUGAGACUCUCCCUCCCCAGUUCUGGCCCCUCUCUUUGACUCUAGCUGGCCUUGGUUCCUCUGCCAUUCAGGCUUUAUUGCCUCUCUGUAAAGGGAGAUGCUGCUUGCAGCCCUUCCUCUAAAUGCCUUCUGCCCUUCUGCAGCACUUCUGAAGCACAUUAGCCCAGGGCCUGCAUAUAGCAAACACACAAAUAUGUGCUCGUCCAGGUUGGGGAGGAGGGCCAGUUAAUGAUUUGGGAGAGAGAGAAGUAUUUUUGUUAUGUUCUUUUUUCAUAUAACUCAGUUCAGAAGAAAUCAGAACACUUAUCUUCGAAACUAAGCUCAGACACCAAAGGACAACCUGUUGUGCUGCUCCCAUGUUACAACUGGAUCCACUGUGAAUUAAGUUAUCUGGAAUGUUCUCUUUGCCUGUAUGUGUAUGCAUGAAUGGUCCAUCUGCAGAUACGUACAAGCUUAUGCAAUAUGCCAAGAUGAAGGCUGUUCCUGUCUCGAAGGGAUUCAGUAUAAGGGGCUGGAAGGGCUGUAAGCCAAUGCUGUCCGUGCCUGGUGCGGUCCAUUGUGUGGCUGGGGACUCAUCAAAGAUUUUUUUUUUCCUUCAUUUAAGACAAAUUCCUCACAACUGAGCCUCCUCUGUAAAUGUCUGAGAUGAAACACACUCAUCCAGCCUGGUGGCCAUGCACUUAAUGCUCUGAAAGCAAAGAAUGUUUGUCUGUACCCAGCCAGCCAUGACUUACUGUUGCACCAAUUCAUACAGUUUGUUAUAUAUAUAUAUAGUGUUUAUGACACCAUCAGGCAAGUCUAAUGGUAUUAAAUUAAACUAUGAUGCAUGCCUGCCCCAAAAUAAGACUUCUGAGCUUGCUCUGAAGUAUACCUGGUAUGUUGGUAGAGGCUGACUAUACAGUAUGUUAACUGGCAAGUGAAACUGGGUCAUUGUUACUUUCACUGUAGAGAAAUCAAGACAUGUCCCCUUGCCACAACCAGAACUUGUGUUUUUUUUUUUUUUUUUUUUUUUUUUUUUCCUUUUUCAUAUUUUUUUUUUUUGUUU